GUGGCGAAUGGCUGAGAGCGCGCCAAGUGACGCUAAUCGUUGCGAGGCUUCCGAAGGGAGCGCUCGUUAACUAGUUGCUCCGGUGAAUCUGCUACAGAACGGACCCCGUCGGUACAGUCCUUUGUAAAUGGGCCGGCCCAGCCGUUGGUGCGUUGGGGCUCUCUGUUGGGAGAGCGUCAUAUAGGGCCUCCCCUUGCCACCCUCGCAAAAUCUCGCGCUGUCUUCCUGUUCACCUACCUUCCCGUCCCCUUGCCUUUCCGUUUCCCGCCUCCCCCAACCGCAUAGAAUGGCCGGCUCCGGCGGCUCUCCCGACGCCGACGAUCCCAAUUGCGGCGGAGCUGGGGCUGAGCCCUCCAGGACUCCUCAAGAAUCCGACGACCGCUACUCCGCGCCCGGCUCCCCUCUCAGCACUCGCCCGUCCGGUCAGCCCCCGGGGACUUCGGUCGUCGCCAACGAGGGCUCCGCCUCGUCCUCCGCCUGGGGAUCUGAUGACGAAGACGAGCCCGCAGGCAGGUACAAGAACCCCGCCGCCGCUUCCUUCCUCUCGGGACCGUCGAGCAGCACCAUGGGUGCGUCCUCCUCCGCCUCCUCCUUCUCCUCGGACAGCUGGAUCGGCAGCGACCGUACGUGCGGCGGCGCCUCGACCUCCAGCUCUCUGGACGCCUCCAACUACAGGGAUCUCUACAGGGAUCCACCCUCUGAGUGGAUGUAUAAUCAGAUUCUGGAAGCUCCGUUUUGGAGUCACGAGGCAUCUGAUGCUGUGAGGGCUUCUUGGAGAGACGAGUAUGAAGCUUGUGAUGAUUUUUCUAUGGUUUUGCAGACAUCACAAAAUGGCUGCAAAAAAAUUCUUCAAAAGGAACCUUUAUCAUCUCUACCGCAUGAGUUUGAAAACGAAAUUAUGAAAGAUAAGGCAAAAAAGCUUUCGGCUAAUUACUCUGAAUAUCGGAAGGUACCUGGAGACGGGAGUUGCUUUUACAGAUCGUUCAUAUACUCAUACCUGGAGCAGCUUGUGAAAGUAUCUCACUAGGAGGAGCUACGUUUACUUGGUGCACUUGAACCUAUGUGGGAGAAAUUCCAAAGGCUUCACUUGCCUGGUUCAUAUUCAGAUCUUCAUGAUGCUUUUGUGGGCUUCAUACUGGAAUGUAUGGAACAAAAACAAAAACUGUCAGUAAGUGGCUAUCAAGAGUGGCUUUUCCAGGAGAGUCAAAAUGAGCAGAAGUUUGCGAACAGUGAGAAUAUACAACAAUUUUCUUAGUUAUCUUGCCAACUUACUCUAAUUUUCUGACUCCAACUAUUUUUGUUUUGUGUUUAGUACUUUUGUAUCUUUGACUUGUGACAGCUAUUGAGAUAUGCACUGAGGUUGAAACUUUUAAGUCAUUCAUAAGCGAACUUGGUCAAGGAAUGCCUGAUGCAAUAGGGUACUGCCUGGAGGAGGUUCUCCCAGUGAAGAAAGAUGCACAACAAGUGAAUCUCACUGCGCUCACCAAUGUCAUACAGGUGCCACUCCGAGUUGUUAACAUUGACGUUUCACUGAUUGAGGAGCCUAACAUCCACAUCAUCUACGAGUCACCAGAUUCCUCGGUUCCUACUGUGACACUACUGUAUAGACCAGGGCAUUAUGAUAUCAUCUACGAGAAGUCAUAGCUGUAGAUUGUAGUAACAGAUAUCAUAUGACAUGUCGCGGGAGAG